CCCUCACUGGGCUGUUUGCGAAAGCUCUUAAUUCUUGCUAAACACAUGCUGCUUUCUCUCUCACUUUCUUUUGCCCUCUCUCACCAGCCCUGACUUAAAUUGCCAGGCAAAUCUUUGGCAUUGUGUGCCGUGGCUACCCACUGUCCUGUGUGGCGCAGGUAUCUGCCCAUCACACAGGAGAGAGAUGUGGCAAAGAAUAGGACAGGCCGCCACAGGAGGUGACUGCAGGAGGUGAAAAACAAAGGAUAUUUCCCGCUGAGCAACGCUGGGACGUGGAUACGAGAGCCCGGGGGAAUAUCGACCAUGUUGGCACCAUGGAAAUUGUUUGUUUGCCAGAUGGCACUGAACAUAGUCUGUCACAUAGCAAAAGCCAGUUUAUGUCUCGGUGGUCGGGAUAUAUUUACCACGGUUAGAGAGAACAGCCCCACGGGAGAAUUCAUAGCCAACCUUAGUAUCAACGGAGACCCAGGAGCCAAUAGCAUUCGUCUGUGUGUCACGGGACAGGAUGCUGAUUGGUUUUACCUCGAAGGUCGUACGAUCAGACUGAACUCAUCGCUUUCAAAGACCUUGGAUCGAGAGGUCCUGGGAUCAGUCCUGAUAGCUGCUUUGACAUGUUAUGAAGAUAAAGUAAUACGGAGUCAAUACAGAAUCUUAGUGGAAAUUCUGGAUGAAAAUGACAACAUGCCAUAUUUCCUGGAGGACACAAUUCAACCACGAUACAUAAGUGAGUUGAUGGCUGUUAACUCCAUGGCGUUUACAGUCAAAGCCAAAGAUGAGGAUGAAGACACAAUCACUUAUAUGACUGAUAAAUCUUUACCGGAUGCCAGCUAUUUCAGAAUUGAUCUGCCCAACAGUGGGAGGGUAGUCCUGGACAAACCACUGGACUUUGAGACCAAAUCUCAUCUGCAGGUGGUCAUAUAUGCUGUGGAAACAAAUACCAAAGAAAAGUACAGCACAACAGCUACUGUUACAGUGAAUGUUCUGGAUGGCGAUGAUCAGUACCCACAGUUUUUGCCCUGCUCCCCUGUUUAUAAAGACGGAGAUGACACCAUCUGCACCAAUCCUGUCUACACAGUCAACAUCACAGAAACAGAUGAGGACAUUGUGCUUAAUUUCUCACCGGCUCCUAUCCAUGCUGAAGAUGGAGACAAAGGCAUCCAGACUCCUCUGGUAUACAGCAUACUGUCAGGUGAUGAUGAUGGCAGGUUUACAAUCAGCCCUGAAACAGGAGAGAUUACACUAAGGCACAAAGUAGAAAACAGGCUCCUGACACCUUCAUUUAGGUUGCGCAUAAUGGUUGCGCAGGUGAAUGACCCCAAAAAAUAUUCUGUGACAACGGCGCUUGUUCACGUGAUAUCUGAAAACCGCUUUGCUCCUUAUUUCAACCAAACUAUCUACAAAGGGUUUCUCAUCGAGAACUCCAGUCCUGCGGCACUCGUCACAACAUAUGGGAACCGAGUGCUGGUGGUCCAGGCCAUUGACGGGGACUUCAAAGAUGGAAUAAACCCCAAAAUUCACUACACCCUUCAUCCCAUGACAGGCAGAUAUAAACUGUAUCACAUUACUCAGGAUGGUAUUGUGAUUGCCAAGAGUGAUCGGCUAAGAGCCUUUGACCGUCACAUCCUAGAGGUGAUAGCAACAGAUGAAGAAUCAGGUGAGACUGCACAUGCUUCAGUGGACAUUGAAGUUCUACAAAGGGGACAUCUAGUUCCCAGAAGUCCAUUUGGAGAAGAACGACUGUUUGGAGACAUGAAUGCAGGGAUGGCUGGGGGCAUCGCUGCUCUUGUUCUCAUAGUAGCUAUAACAACACUAUUUAUUUUCCUCUGGCUGGUCAAGAAACGAAGAGAGAGACAGUAUCCAGCAGAGAGGGGCGCCAUAGCACUCGGAAAGCAUCCUAAUGUGAGCUUAAAGUGGUUCCGACAGGUUGACUCUGGACAUUCCAUACCACUUAUAGACGACGCCUCCUACCACAAUGAAGCAUUUGUCGACCACGAAUACUCCAAUGAUAUAACCGGAAGACACAGGCUGUACAUCAAAAAAGACGAAAUGCCCCCACCUGCAACCAAAGCGUACACCCCCAAAGAUUCUGAUAGACCCACAAUGCAAGAUAUGCUACCCAUUCUGGUGAUUCCAGAUAUUAACACAUCAAUAAUAACCUCAUCUGAUUUAACCAAUAGCCAAGCAGCUGUCACUUUUAUGGGAGAGGAAGGUCAAAAAACAGCAGAGGAGGCUUUGCCUGGAAAUGAAGAUGGACACUUUCUGGUCACAGGUGAUGAUGUGGAGGCCAGCGUGGAUGUUUUCAUGCCUGCCCUACUGCAAGAUACUCUUGUGACUGAAAAUGCUGCAGAAAAGGAGAGCUUUGAAGACAUUUAUUUUCCAGACAUUUCCGAGGAACCAGCAGCACUACUAAUUGAUGAAGAUGACGAUGAUAAUGGAAAUCAAUAUAAAGUCAUGCUCUCUGUCUUUUGCUACAGCGAUGAUGAAGACACAACAGAUGAUGAGCCAGAUGAAUUAAGGCACUAUUAUGAGCAAGAUCAGUUUACAAUCGACCAGAAGCCUACUGGAUUGGACGAUGAGGUUUCAUUUGAGGAAUCAAUUGAACAGCAGAAACCAAAUGACAUUGCAGAUGAAAUGAAUCCACAGCCUGAAUUAUCAACCACUGAACUACUUAGUUUUGUAGACUCGACUGAAUUUGAAUAGUAAUAUUUUAAUCAAUUGCAUUUGUGAAAUAGCCAAAUCUGUCUAUAUAUAUAUAUAUCACUGAAUAGGUUUAUUAAAACGGUGUGAAUAUUUGCAAACUUAAAUAAGUAUACUUAAAAACGAUGCUGGUUUAACUUAAGUAAGUUACCUGGUUGCUAGAAAAUGUAGAAAAAUAAAAUAUUAGUUAACUGAAUUAACUCAAAUUGUAACUUACUUUUAUUUGUUGAACCAUCUUUUUUUACAGUGCAUAUAGUUAUAUGUCUCUUCAUACUGGACUAUAAAUAUUGUGUCUUUGUGGUUAGUGAUGAGCCUUAAAUAUGUGCAUUUAUUAUUUUAAAAUUUAAAAAGAUUUACUAUCUGCUGUCUCAGAUAACACAUGUGUUUUGUAAUGUCUCUAUGUUCUUCGAAGGUGAGGAGAAAGCAGUGGGCUGAGCCCCUGGUUGCAAUUCACAACCUCACCGCUAGAUGCCACUAAAAGUUACACAUUGCAAAUUCAAUUCAUUUUAGAAUAAGACGUUGAGUCUGACAUUACAGUCGACCACAUUAAAAUGUAAAUAGAUAUAUUUUAAAUAAACAUGUGUGGUGACAUGAACACUUUCAUUAUUACUUGAUCAGAAACACACAAUAAAAAAUAAAAAUAGUUGUUUAAUGCAUAAAGAGUUUAUCACGUCAACUAUGCCAAUGUAUGUUACAGAAAUUGACUUGAUAAUAAUUAGCAUUUAAACUAUACAUGAAGAGAGACUGAAAAUACAAUCAUUUGUACCACAAUGAAUGUACUGAUAUUUUUGACCUACCUCAAAAUGUCAAACACAUGUUGCAAAGUUUUGCAUGACUGCAGAUUAUUCAGGUCUCAACAUCCCAUGUGAAAGGAAACAAAUUGUCAGCCUUUUUUCUGUAGCUAUCUUUCUUAACUUGUACAACACCAAGCGGGCUCAGCAUUAUUAUCUUUUGAUAAUAAGAUUCUGCUCUGUGAACGCAAGUGUUUCAUUUCUAUGUCUAUCUGCAGGAAGCAACGGCACCCAUUUCACCUCACCACAUUCUGCAGCAACAUCAAAUGUAGUUGAAAAAGAGUGAAAUUGCUGAAUUUCGAGAAUCAGAUCUCCAAAAGCACAUGCAGGCAUCUGUGCUAAGGCCAAGAGCAUCAUGAAAGACUCUAAAGCACAUGGAGAUGAACAAACAGUUUAUUGUGCUUACAUGAACUUUGAGGGCAGCGUUUUUGUGGUAUUUUGUAUUAUUUAAGAAAUUGUUGUUGUGUUUUGUGUGGAGGAGAUACAUUUACAUUUACAUUUGAAAGAUACUUUUAUUCGAAGUAUAUUUAAGCUAUACUUUUUGCUGCUGUAUAUGUGUUUCAUGGUGGGUGUCGAACCCAUGAUCUGACUGAGCAAAAGGAACAGAAAGUUGGAAAAAUGCAAUGGUCAUUGACAGCUUUCAUGAGAUCUGAUCUUGGCAGCUGGUACAGGUUUUCCAGCUUCUUGAACUACAUUUCCGCUCCAUUUUGGUGUCUUUUGAAAUGAAAGAGACUAUAGGCUAAGUGUAUUGCACUGUACUUUGAAAUGUUCAGUAAUUAAAAUUGAUUAAAAUCC